GCUCCGCCCCGCGGCGCGCCGGGCGGGCGAGUCCGCCAUUGCCGCGCCGGCGGCCCUUUCAAACGCGGCAGCGGCGGCAGCGGGGGGUGACGAGGAGGGGAAGCCGCCGCCCCUCGCUGCGACCGGGCUGGGGCUGAAGCAGAGCGGGCAGCGGUGCCGUGUUGGCCUCGGUGCCGUGCUGGCCUCGGCGCCCUUCGUGCCACGCCGCAGCGCCCGGCAAGCGAGGGGUUCGCUCUUGUCUCGGUUGUUCAGGACGAAACGAGCCUGUUCUCCCUCCAUUCCCACUGCCCGACUCCUGCGAGCGGCUGAGCGGGACCGCGGGGACGGACGGGCAGCCCUGGCUCGGCUGGGGCGGCACAGCUGGCAGGGACAGAAGGCGAUUGAGAGGUGGCACAUUGCCGUGGUUUUCCCACGGAGCUGCUGCCCUUCCCAGGCGGUGAGGGUGACAUUUAACUCUGUUAGCCCUUCCUCUUGAACGCUCUCAACAUAUCUGAAGAAAUCGCUGCCGCCAGGGAGGGAACAGGGCUUCGGAGCAGGCCUGACCGGCUUUGUACAGGAAGAGUUCCUGGAAAUCUACACUAGCUUCUCUGAGCAAAAGUGCCUGGGAGUUCUCCAAGGUUUUAACCUUGGGAGGAUUACAGUAUUAGGAGCAAAGGAAUACAGAAGCAGAGUGUCUGGAUGAGUUUGGGGGUGUCUCAGAACUGACAGUGAAAAGGCACCUGGGAAGCUGAAAAGAUGUCAUCUCUGCCAAGGAGGGUGAAAUGUGUAGCCAAAGCCCCUACAUCAGAAGAACUACCUUCAUUUCUUAAUUCGACCUCUGAAUCAGAGGAGGAAGAGGAGGAAUGGGUGCCAAAAAGUAAAGUUGCCAGGAGAGCUAAUUUGCCAAAGAAAACUGAGGCAAAAACUAAAAAAGCUGCUGCUCCACAGUCAACUGUGGCCAGGAAAAUGGUCAAGAAGGUAGCAAUAAAAGAGGAAAUGGAUGUAUCCUUGCCUAUUGCACCCGUAGAAGAUAAUAAAAUGAAGCUUCUAAAAUCUAAGGAAGAAAAUGCAGGCACUAAACCAAAAAGUUUAAAUCGAACGCCAGAAGUGCCUAAGAAAAAGGAAAUAAAUUCAUUCCAAGGGAUAAACCAAAACAGUUCAGUGAGUGAUGAAAAACCGUCAACAAGUGUUCCUGUAGUGAAACAAGAGAAAUGUGAAGAGGAUUUUGCAUUUGAUGAACCACCCUCUAAAAAGAUUAAGCUGAAUGCAUGUCCUGAGGGAAAGCCAGUUAAAAAUAUGGGAGGCAAAAUAAAAGAAGAAUUUGAAAUGAACUGGGAUAUUGUACAGGCCUUGUCAGAAGUAACAAACGUUGAGCCAUGGGUAUGUGCAAACUUAAUUUGGCUCUUUCAAGAGGAGAACACGAUUCCUUUUAUCGCUCGGUACCGAAAGGAGCUCAUCAAUAACCUGGAGGCCGACACCUUGCGAGAAGUGCAGCACGCGUUGGAAGAGCUACGUACUGUUGCAAAGAAGACACAUACAAUGAUACAGAAGUUGAAGAAAGAAGGGAAGUUAUCCAGUUGCCUUUUAAAAGGAUUGCUAAAUUGUAGAACUUUGGAAGAAUUAGACCAUGUGUCUGCACCUUAUAAAACUGGGAGUAAAGGCACCAAAGCCCAGAGGGCCAAGCAGUUGGGAUUAGAGCCUGCUGCUCUCUCCCUCCUGCAGAAUCCUGUGGAACUCAAUCUCUUUUCUUACAUCAGACCCAAUACCAAAGGGCUUGCAAAUAUCCAGGAAGUUGAGGCUGGAGUGCAGCAUAUUUUAGCAGACAUCUUUGCUAAAGAUAAAGAUACACUGGAUUUUAUCAGGAAAUUGUGCCAUCAAAGGUACAUUUCCAUCCAGUCAACUUUGGCAAAAGUGUCGUCCAAAAAUGGAAAUGAAAAAGACAUAGAUAAAUUCCAACUGUACCAUGAGUUUUCUUGUAAUAUAAAGAAUAUUCAGCAUCAUCAGAUUCUGGCCAUUAACCGAGGGGAAAAUCUGAAGAUCCUGACAGUGAAGGUCAACAUUCCUGACGGGGUGAAGAAUGAAUUCUGUUGGUGGUGUGUCAAUGAAAGAUGGAGACCAAAACAAUUUUUAAAACCAGAAUUUAUGAGGCUACUACGGAGUUCUGUAGAGGAUGCAUAUAAACGCCUUAUAUAUCCUCUUCUCUGUAGGGAAUUCAGAUCCAAGUUGACAUCUGAUGCAGAGAAAGAGUCUGUGAUGAUGUUUGGGAGAAAUCUCCGUCAGCUGCUUCUGACCAGCCCCGUGAGGGGCCGUGCUUUGAUGGGAGUAGAUCCUGGCUACAAACAUGGCUGCAAGUUGGCAAUUAUUUCACCAACCAGUCAGAUACUCCAUACUGAUGUAGUUUACUUGCAUUCUGGUCAAGGAUUUCGUGAAGCUGAGAAGAUAAAGAGGCUUCUGCUACAGUACAACUGCAGCACUGUUGUGAUUGGCAAUGGCACGGCCUGCAGAGAAACAGAAGCUUACUUUGCUGACUUAAUUAUGAAGAAAUAUUUUGCACCGCUGGAUGUUGUUUACUGCAUUGUCAGUGAAGCUGGAGCGUCGAUCUACAGUGUCAGUCCAGAGGCGUCCAAGGAAAUGCCAGACCUAGACCCUAACCUAAGAAGUGCAGUUUCCAUAGCUAGACGAGUCCAAGACCCAUUAGCUGAGCUAGUGAAAAUCGAGCCCAAGCACAUAGGAGUUGGAAUGUAUCAGCAUGAUGUAUCACAGACUUUGCUGAAAGCAACUCUGGACAGUGUGGUUGAAGAGUGUGUCAGCUUUGUAGGAGUUGAUAUUAACAUCUGCUCAGAAAUACUAUUAAGACACAUUGCAGGACUGAAUACUAACAGGGCUAAAAAUAUAAUUGAAUGGCGAGAGAAGAACGGACCAUUUAUAAACCGAGAACAGCUCAAGGAAGUUAAAGGUUUGGGUCCCAAAACCUUCCAACAAUGUGCUGGCUUCAUCAGAUUCAAUCAAGAAUAUAUAAAGACUUUUUGCAGUAAUAAGAAAAAUGAACUUGGAAAUCGUGCACUUUUGACUAAAGCAGGUGCACUGGGUAAAAAGAAGAGUAAACUAACAUCAUGUGCCUCACAACAGCCCAAUCCUUUGGACCAAACUUGCAUUCAUCCAGAGUCUUACAACAUUGCAAUGAGGUUUUUAUCUCUCAUUGGAGGAAAUGCAAAUGACAUAGGAAAAUCAGAUAUGCAGCAAAAAGUAAAUGUGGUAAUUCAAAAGGAAGGACUGGAAGGCACAGCUAAAAAGCUCAAUACUACUGUGAACACACUGCAGCUGAUCAUUGAUGGUCUCACUCAACCUGAAGACUACGACAUCCGAACAGAUUUUGAUAAACCUGACUUCAAAAGAAGCAUAGUCUGCUUUGAAGACUUAAGUGUUGGUGCUGUUUUGACUGGAAAAGUUGAAAAUGCAACGCCAUUUGGAGUUUUUGUGGAUAUUGGUGUGGGAAAAGCAGGUUUGAUUCCAGUGCGAAACAUAACAGAAGCAAAACUCUCUAAAGUGAAGAAGAGAAGAAGCCUGGGCCUAGGUCCUGGAGAAAGAGUGGAAGUUAAAGUGCUUAAUGUUGAUAUUCCUCGACUGAGGAUAACAUUGGAUCUUAUUCGUGUUUUAUGAGUGAGGUUUCAGUAACUGAGCCUUGACUUCCUUGACUUUAAAGGAUAAGUAAUGUCAGCAAGGUUAUGGAGGGUCUGGCUUUUUUUUUUUAAAUUUUAGUUUAACAGUUUUACCACAUUUCUUGUAUCCUUUCUGUUAAUAAUUGUUGGAACAGUUUUUUGGAUUACCUCCAAGCAACCUUGUUAUUUUGUCUGCAGAGCAAAUGAAGCUCCAGUGGGCUGUCAGACAGAUCUUUUAUCUAUUGUCUGUGCAAGAUUAAGAUAGAAAAUCUUCAGUUAGUACUGCACAAGCAGAUAUAUCUAUAGCUCCCCUACCAAAAAACAGCCACUCAGUUUGCCUGUUUUCUGGUUGACAGUCUAAAGCAGGGCUCCUAGUGAGAGGAAAAAAUGAUCUUUUGAAGUUAAGUGGUAAUGAUGUUGCAUCAGAAGUAGACUGAGGAAAAAAGCAUUUGCUAAAACUAUUGAUGGUUCUGAAAUAGUUAUCUUUAAUUUAUUUGACGUCUGUUUACCUGUAUUAUGUUUGCUUGUUCAGUUAUCAUGGCUUAACACAGUUGGAUGUACCUUGCAGUUUAAAGAACUUUGCUCGAAGGUGUCAAAAGACAUUUGUGUUGUUCAAUACUUCAGCAAAAUAAAAACAUUUCUGUCCA